CAAUAAUGUGAAGAAAAAAGUUGGCGUUCCAUAGCAAGUUUUUGCGGCUCUGUUGAAAAGAGGAGGAAAAGGAGAAAAUUAUGACCCAUGAAUCUGUAUCUGGUGAUGCAGCGGGAAACAUCUUUUCAUUCAAAGAUGAUUACUUGAAGUUGAAAGCUGAUCCUGUAAACUCAUACCCAGAGAAAGUGAAAAAUGUCAAUGUACCAAUUAUCAUUGACAAUGGGUCUUGCUUUAGCAGGGUUGGUUGGGCUUCUGAAGGUACGCCAAGACUCACCUUUCGCAACAUCAUCGCCAGACAAAGGGGAAAGAAGGAUUCAGAUGCUCAAAUUGGCAACGACAUACCGAAUGUGGAGACUGUACGAUGGCUCUUGAAGACUCAGUUUGAUCGAGACGUGGUGACACAUUAUGAUGCUCAGGAGCAGAUUCUUGACCAUGCGUUUCAGCGAUUAGGCAUCGACUCAGAGGGGGCUGUCAAACACCCUAUCGUCAUGACAGAAACACCAUGUAAUCCUAAUCUGUGCAGACAAACAAUGUCUGAACUGUUGUUUGAGUGCUAUCAAAUACCCAAUCUUGCCUAUGGCAUUGACAGUCUGUUCAGUCACUACUACAAUUGUCCUGAGUCUGUGAAUGGUUGUAGCCUAGUCUUGUCCUCUGGAUUCCAGACAAGUCACAUUCUACCGGUCAUCAACGGUCAGCUGGACCCUGCCCACUGCCGCAGGCUGAAUAUAGGUGGCACCCAUUUGACCGGUUACUUACUGAGACUACUACAACUCAAGUAUCCUGCACAUCAGUCCAGCAUUAACCUGAGUAGAGCUGAGGAGUUGUUGAAGGAUCAUGUAUAUGCAGCAGAGGACUGCUGGGCUGAGUAUGAUGACUGGUCAUGCCCAGAAUAUUUCCAGAAACAUGUGCACAAGAUUCAGCUGCCUUAUACUCCACUGCCAGGAUGGUCUGUAGGCAGCAAGAAGGAGAGAAGACAGCAAUGUAUCAAACAACUACAGGAUCUUAAUCUCAAGUGGAAAGAGGAAAAGUUAUCAGCAGCCGAAGACAAGUUAAGAACCCUCAUUGCAGUACAAGAGAUGCAAGAAGACAGUGAUGGGUCACAAAAGAAAUCUCUGAAAGCUCUUGGUUUAAACACACUGGACGACCUGGCAGGCUACAUAGGCAUGCUGAAUGCAUCGGUACAGAGGUCAAAGGUCAGCUUGGGAGGUCGGGACUGCUCCAUGGAUCAGCCCAAGACGGUCCAGGUCUGGCCCAAGCUGGACCUCCUAGGCUCCAACCCUGAGGCCCUGGCCCCGGCCGAGUGGAACCAGAGGCAGCGCCAGGAACUGGUGGAGGAGUUCCAUCAGAACAGUCUGAGGUCUCGCUGGAUCCAGAGGGAGAUUGAUGGCCUCCUGCAGGAGACAGCUAGGAAACUGGAAGAUGGAGCCAAGGAUGAUGUCCUCAAGAACUGCAUGGAGCAACUCAAGGAGCAAAAAGAGGAGCUGAAUGCCUGCCACACCCAAUGGCAGAACAUCAAAGAGAAGCUCCUCAUCUUGAAAGACAUCAAGGAUGCAGACUCCAUGGAAACAGAUCAAGAAGGUGAGAGUGAAGAACAAGCCACCGACGACCAAGGCUCAGAAUGGGCUUACAUUCAAGCUAUGGAGGAUGAUGCUGAAGGCUUCAGUUUCCAGGCUGAGCAAGAGGUUCUCUCAGAGUUGGACAAAAUCAUCUCGGUCUUUGACCAAGAUUUUAAUAAAGAAAACAGAUCCCCAGUGAGCCAGCGAAUGACCUUUGACCUUGCGGAGUACUACCAGCUGGCGCUUGGGGUGGAGAGGAUACGUGUUGCGGAGACGUUGUUCCAGCCGAGCAUCAUGGGAUUGGAGCAGGGCGGAAUGGCAGAGACUAUGGAGUAUGUGCUACGGCAGUACGAACCUGAGACGCAAGACAAACUUGUUCAGAAUGUAUUUGUGACUGGAGGUAACCUAAGCUACCCUAACAUGGUGGAAAGGAUAGAGCAUGAGCUGAGGGCGAUGAGACCCUUCCAGUCUUUAUUUAAUGUCAAACGAGCAGGUAACCCCUCACUGGAUGCAUGGUGUGGAGCAGCAAAGUGGGCCUUGGAUACCACCAACCUUUCAUCAUUCAUAACGAGGAGCGAGUAUGAGGAGAAAGGGGGAGACUACUUGAAAGAGCAUCCAGCGUCAAAUAGAUUCCUUGCUAGCCCUUUAUAUGCUGCUAGAAGAUGACAAGGUAUACACACAGAUACCUACCAACAAGUCAAAGCCACCAGAAGGAGGGGUAUAAGGAGAAAUGAAUUGACUUCUUGAAAGAGCAUCAUGCAUCCUUCCCUUGAUCCUUCACUAGCGCUGUCUCUGGAGCAAGGAGAUGACAUGAUUCCUAGAGAACAUCAAACAGUCAGAAGGAGAGUAUAAGGAGAAAUGAAUUGACUUCUUGAUAGAGCAUCAUGCAUCUACUAGGUCCUUCACUGGCGCUGUCUCUGGAGCAAGGAGGUGACAAGAUUCCUAGAGAACACCAAACAGUCAGAAGGAGAAUAUAAGGAGAAAUGAAUUGACUUCUUGAAAGAGCAUCAUGCAUCCUUCCCUUGAUCCUUCGCUGGCCCUCUCUCGGCAGCAAGGAGGUGACAAGAUUCCUAGAGAACACCAAACAGUCAGAAGGAGAGUAUAAGGAGAAAUGAAUUGACUACUUGAUAUAGCAUCAUGCAUCUACUAGGUCCUUCACUGGCGCUGUCUCUGGAGCAAGGAGAUGACACGAUUCCUAGAGAACACCAAACAGUCAGAAGGAGAGUAUAAGGAGAAAUGAAUUGACUUCUUGAAAGAGCAUCAUGCAUCCUUCCCUUGAUCCUUCACUGGCCCUGUCUCUGGAGCAAGGAGAUGACAUGAUUCCUGGAGAACACCAAACAGUCAGAAGGAGAGUAUAAGGAGAAAUGAAUUGACUUCUUGAAAGAGCAUCAUGCAUCCUUCCCUUGAUCCUUCACUGGCCCUGUCUCUGGAGCAAGGAGAUGACAUGAUUCCUGGAGAACACCAAACAGUCAGAAGGAGAGUAUAAGGAGAAAUGAAUUGACUUCUUGAAAGAGCAUCAUGCAUCCUUCCCUUGAUCCUUCACUGGCGCUGUCUCUGGAGCAAGGAGGUGACAAGAUUCCUAGAGAACACCAAACAGUCAGAAGGAGAGAAAGGGGAUGACCGUGCGAGGGAGCCCCAUGCAUCAACUAGAUUUGAUCCAGCCCUUGUGGUACAUGAUACAUGGAAAGAAUGUGGAGCAACAGGAUGUGAAAUGCUGAAACGGAUGGCUCAAGUCCGAGGUACUUGGAGAGACACUUGAUGUAGAAUUCUGAUUGGGUCACUGAACCUGUCAUAAACUGACUUAUCACUAUUGAUGUUGAUGAUGACCUGAGUACAACCAAGCAAUCAAAAUUAAUAUAAAGUAGUGAGCAAUGAUGGACGUAUAUUCAACAUUUAUUUCAGGGUCGGUCCCCUUGUAAAAUAAUGCUUUGAUCACUGGUUGCGGCUACCCUGUUUAAAAAAUACUAAACUUGUGAAUUAUUAACCUUUGCAAUUUGAUCCAUUAUUAUAAUAUUGAUAAUAAAAAUGGUACUUAUAAAGCAUUUUCUACCGAUGUCUCUGAUCGAAGCGUCUAAAUAAUAAUCAACCACAUCUUUCCAUUGAGAUACUGCAUAAAGUGUUGCUACAGUAUAUGCUCAUGCAAGGAAAGAAAUCUAGGACAACUUCUUUAGAUUUAGACCUACAACUGGGCCAAAGCUUUUACAUACAACUUCACUACUUCCUGCCAACUUUUCAGUGUUCAGGAAGAUAGACCUAGUUUGGGCUUGAGUGAUGUAUGUAUAUACCGUAGUACGGUAUGUAUUUCACUCAUCACUCUGAAACAUUUAUAUAUGUAACUCCUAACAAGAAUGAGUGCAGUUGUGAAAGUGUGAGUUAAAUAACUUUCUUCCAGAUGUAUAUAAACCCCUAUACACUCUCUACCAAAAUUGUUUGUCACAUGUCAUUUAUUUGUAACCUUGAACAUUCAGUGUAAGUUUUGAUAGAUUCUGUGAGAAUCACAACUCAAGCUUACCUGAAUCUUUAAUGUAUGAUUGAAGAAAUGUUUUAUGAGGAUUUUUGUAAUAAAAUGAGUAAUCAUGUCCAAA